AACCUCGCGAUGUGGAGCAGUCGCUGCUCGAUUUUUAUCCUGGCGCUGCUGGUCGCCAGCAAUGCGGGAAAAGUAUCCGGAAGAUUACCGAGAAUCCUGCCGGAACCCUUAGCCGAGGGGGAUGAAGGAGUGAUAGUGCGAGGAGAUUGUGAAUUUAAGGUCAACGGUGACCUCAACGACCCCGCUCCCCUCUUUUCGCGACACAACUCCUACGAAAUUGUAGUGCCAGAUCCCACGGACACAGUGCGUUUGGUUAAUGGAGAACAGUUGGAUAUGUUCUGCCCGGGAGUGGGAUUUGCGGCUCCUUUCGCGAAUCGCUCACAGUUGACGGCCACGUGUCUGCAGAACAAGUAUUUCCUGGUCGAUGAUCUCAUCUAUCCGUUUGCCAACUUCUCCUGCACCAGCUGGCCCAUUUUUAGUGCCCUGCGAACAGGCAAGGAUUGCAAUGGAGGCACAGAUCUCGUCCAGGUGGGUUUCGAGGUAGAGGAUGGUGGCUUCCUGCAGUCCUACGAACUUUGUCACGACGCCGAGGCGGAAGCAACGCGAUAUGUCCACCAUGUGCUCUACCCAUCGAGCUACGACUAUCAGCAUGGAGUGGCGCGACCCAGCUUUAUCGAACUCGACUUCUACGGGGGCAGGGAUGUGAAUACGAAGUACACCCAAGUGCAGCAGAACAUCACCAUUAGCAACAUACUCGGAAUGGAUGCCUCGCCCUAUUUCAAUUAUAGUGACAAUCGCAUCCUGGCCCGGGGGCAUAUGAUAGCCAAAACGGAUCAGAUCUUUGGGGCUGCUCAACAUUCGACUUUCCUGUUUAUCAAUGUGGCACCUCAGUGGCAGACCUUUAAUGGCGGCAAUUGGGAGAGGGUGGAGACUAGUGUUCGAAAGUUUGUGGCCGAUCGGAAUCUCACCACCGAUUGCUAUACAGGCACCUGGGGUGUUUCCACCCUGCCCGAUGUGGAUGGCAUCGAAAAGGAGCUAUACCUCGACUUUGAUGAGAACAACAACGGCUUAAUCCCCGUACCCAAGAUAUAUUAUCGAGUGAUCAUCGAUCGCCUCACUCGCGAGGGCAUCGUGAUCAUUGGCAUUAACAAUCCCUACUUGACGUUGGAGCAAAUCCUCAAGGAUUACAUCCUGUGCAAGGAUAUUGGUCAUCAGAUAAGCUGGCUAACUUGGUACAAGGAAGAUCUCCACGAGGGUUAUUCCUAUGCCUGCACUGUGGAGGACUUUACCGAAGUGGUCAAGGACUUGCCGUUGGAAGAUCUGCAUACAAGUGGAGUUCUCGGACUGGACGAUGUGACAACUGUUGAACCUUCGAGUACUACGAAUACACCUGAAACGUCUACCAUAUCUUCAACCACUACUGACGAACCAAGCUCAACUACUACCACUGCUACUACCACAACUGUUGAACCUUCGAGUUCUACGAACACACCUGAGACUUCUACCAUAUCUUCCACUACUACUGAAGAACCAAGCUCAACUACUACCACUGCUACUACCACAACUGUUGAACCUUCCAGUACUACGAAUACACCUGAGACUUCUACCAUAUCUUCAACAACUACUGAAGAACCAAGCUCAACUACUACCACUGUAGUUCCCUCAACCACAGUGCCUGUAACUACACCUAGUACCACCACUGUUUCUUCCACUACCGAAGAACCAAGCUCAUCUACUGUUACAUCCACUGUACAACCGACUUCAACUACUGUUUCGUCCACUGCAGAACCCAGUUCCUCAACCACUUUGGAGCCCAACUCAACCACUGUGGAACCCUCUUCAUCAUCUUCGGUGUCUCCCAGUACCUCGAACCCCCCUGUCACCACUCCCUCACCCGUUGUAAGUCCCUGCAAGUUCAGUACAAAUGGGGAUCUCAAGGACCCUGCUCCGCUGCUAACUCCUCAAGGAGCUCUCAGCUGGCUUCUGCCUGAUGAAAGUGGUAUUUACACAGUUGAAGAGGGAUCUUCCAUAGAUCUGCAUUGCACUGGAGCUCUGUUAUCACCCUUUAAUAGGUAUACCGCUCUAACAGCUCGUUGUGUUGGUGAUCAGUUGUACGAGGCCGAAGGACAGCGGGUAAAUAUUCGGGGAUUUGUCUGCCAGAGUUGGCCCACCUAUGUGGCAGUCCGAUCUGGAGAAUCCUGUGAGGGUGGUACCGAUCUUGUGCAUAUUGGAUUCGAUGUGGCCGCCGGUUUUCUCAGCCAUGUGGAGCUCUGUUACGAUCAGCUGGAGCAGAUCUCGAAGUACGCUCGAUAUGAACUGACACCGGCCAAUGUGGCCUAUCAGAAAGGAGUUGCUCAACCGGGAUAUCUUCGGGGUGAUUUCUACACUGGGGAAGAUGUCAACGUUCUCUACGACCAAUCGCAUCAGCUGGAGGCGUUUAGUUCAGCCCUGGGCUUGGAUGCCAGUCAAUACUUCGAUAGCACCAAGGAUCUCUACUUGAUCCGAGGACAACUGGCCGCUCGUCUUGAUUUUGUGCAUAGUUCCGCCCAAAGGGCCACUCACUUCUACAUCAAUGCUGUUCCCCAAUGGAGGAGCAUCAAUAUUGGAAACUGGUUAGCCGUAGAAUCGAGCCUAAGGCAAUUUGUGGCCGAUGAGGCCUUAAAUGUGAGUGUACAUGCUGGCAGUUAUGACGUUUCAACUCUACCAAAUUCCCAAGGAGUCCAGACGCCCCUUUAUCUAAAUGCAGAAACCAAACAACUGCCCGUAGCCAAGAUACUCUAUCGCAUUGUCAUCGAUCAGGAAAGUCAGAAGGGCAUUGUCUUAAUAGUGGUGAACAAUCCACAUAUCACAUUGGCUCAGAUUCUGGAGGACUAUGUGAUCUGUGAGGAUGUGGGUGAGCAGCUGGAUUGGUUGGACUGGGAUAAAACGGAUCUGUUGAAGGGCUACUCGUAUGCCUGCUCUGUCGAGGACUUUAUUGAAGUGGUUAAGGACCUGCCCACGGACCAACUCCAGACUACAGGUAUCCUAGGCUUGAGUAGCCAGUCCCUGGAAAACGAACUGUGCAGCUUUCAAGUGAACGGAGAUCUGAAGGAUCCGGCUCCUUUAUUUGUGAUCAGGAGCGAGUUGGGUCAGGCCAGAUAUGUGGAACCAAAUCACGAGGGCUUAGUCGAGCUUAAGCAUGGAGAGGCUCUAGAGUUCCACUGCAUCAAAUCCUUCACAGGACUAUUCUCUGGUCUUACCUUCGUGAACUCCACCUGCUGGCAGAAGCAAAGUUUCCUCACCAAGGGCAGUUUGUAUGAUCUGCAGGACUUUGUCUGCACCUCCUGGCCAACUUACACGGCUCGUCGGACUGGUCGUUCCUGUAAUGGAGGUACUGAUCUCUUGGAAGUGGGCUUCCAGCUCUCAUCCUCCACUUCCGAUGACUUCCUGCAGACCUACGAUGUGUGCCAUAAUGAACUGACUGAGGUCACCCGCUAUGUGCAUCAUGUUCUGUACCCGGGCAGUGCCCAAUAUCAGCGAUCUGUGUCCAGGCCGAGCUUCGUUACUGGGGACUUUUACGGCGGCAAGGAUGUGAACACCUUGUACACCCAGGUGCGUCAGAAUAUCACGGUCUCGGAGAUACUGGGCAUGGAUGCCUCGCCCUACUUCAAUAUCAGCGGAAAUGUUUAUCUGGCACGUGGACACCUCUCGGCUAAAACAGACUUUGUCUUCGGGGCCGCCCAGCAGGCCUCCUUUUUCUUUGUGAAUGCGGCACCCCAGUGGCAGACCUUCAAUGGAGGCAACUGGGAACGGAUUGAGGAUAGUGUGAGGAAGUUUGUGGCCGAUGAGAAUAUUACUGCGGAUUGUUAUACGGGCAUUUGGGGAGUGACCACCCUGCCCGAUGUGGAUGGCAUUGAAAGGGAGCUAUAUCUGGACUUUGAUGAAAACAACAAUGGUUUGAUACCAGUGCCCAAGUUGUUCUAUCGCGUAAUAAUUGAUCGUCUGAGUAGAAAGGGCAUUGUGCUUCUUGGAGUAAAUAACCCGCAUGUCAACCUAGAGCAAAUCGAAAACGAGUACAUCAUUUGCAAGGAUAUUGGCGAGCAAUUGUCUUGGGUCAGUUGGACCAAAGAGGAUCUCAAGAAGGGCUAUUCCUAUGCCUGCACUGUAGAAGACUUUACUUCGGUGGUAAAAGACCUACCACUCGAUGAUCUACAGGUUGAUGGUGUGCUGGGCAUUUAAGGCUAGAUUUUGUGGCUGAACAAAAUCCAAAACAAAACGAAUUUCUUAAUUUAAAACCAAUAAAAA